UACAUACACACUAAUUGCUAACAAUUCAUUAAUUCGUGUUCUAGAGUUGAGCCUAGUCUAUACAUCUGGAAAAAUGACGUCGCCAUAGUAUUGACAUAGUCUAACGACUAUAGUCUGCGCCAUGGGCGUAAAAAAAACAUAGUCUACUGUCUAAACUGACAAAUCAACAAUAAACAACAUAUUUAGGUUCUUGCUCCUUUGCCUUUCCCAUUAGGGAUAAAUUAAAAAAAAAAUAGGUUCUCGCGACUGUAUUUAUCUCUGAAAAUUAUAAAUCUAAAUAAUAACUAUUAUAAUUUUCUAAAGAGUCCCGUCGUCGGUUUACAGUUUCAUCUGCGCACAGUUUUAUAACAUUACAAAAGUUUAAUAUAUAUGUUGUAUUUUAUAGGCUUUCCCGUGUAAGUACAUUUAGUAAGCUUUUUGUUUACCUCAGUGCUUUUUGAUAUUUUCAUCUUUAAACUCUGUAAAUUCCAUUUAAUUUUUGUGAUGGUAAUGUCUUAUACAUGAGAUGGAAAUAAAGGUGGACCGAGAGAAUGACGGUAUUAAGGUCAUCGGCGAUUUGGGUGAUAUUCAAAUUGCGGAAAUAAGUGACAAUGAAGAAUGUGAAAAACCAGUCACUUCGAAGGACUUAUCGAUUAUCCCUAAUUCCCUUCUUCAAAGCUCUACAGUACCAAUUUUUGGAAACAUAUCUGUGAGUGACUCAGAUAAUGUUCAGUUUGGUAACAACACCUAUUUCAAUGGUCCUGUAACAAUUAAGCAAGUAAUAAAGAACAAUGGUGUUAAAAAUGCUUCUUAUACUGUUACUGAUAAUGAACAAGAUAGUGCAGAAUCUCCACAGUCUAAAUCAGGAGGUGAAAAAAGUAACAAGCUACAGAAGUUUAGAUGGAAAAAAAAACAUAUCAUUGGACUAAGUUUUGGAAUAUUAAUCAUAGUGCUCAUUGUAACACUCACUGUAAAUACAGUACUGUAUAAAAAUUCACAAACAACACAGAGUUCCACCAAACCAGACGCAUAUAACUCAACUUGCAAUAGAGUAUUGGGUGUCUGCGAUGAGAAUUUUCAAAUGGUUGUGUUAUCCAUCAUAUUACAAUUAACAAUCAUGUUGGUUUUCCUAUCAUUACUAACACGAGGUGGGCCAGUACUUGAUAAGAAUAAUCACAAAAAUUGUGUAAAACACUGUACAGACUUAUGCACUAAAGAAGGUGGACCUGAUAUUAUAUCGCCUGAUUACCUUCGCAUCGUACCUAGGGUUGAUUGGCUAGCGCAGCCAGAAGAAGGCGCAUUGGAUCUCCUAAAACUACCAGCACCAUGGGUGAUUAUCACGCACACUGCUACAGCGACUUGUAACAGUCAGAGUGAAUGUGUACUGCGUGUGCGUUCAAUUCAAACCUUUCACAUUGAAUCCCGAGGCUGGUUUGAUAUCGGCUACAAUUUUUUAGUCGGCGGCGACGGAUCCGUCUACUACGGUAGGGGCUGGGACUACAUAGGCUCCCAUACACUGUACUACAACAAGUACUCUAUAGGAAUAGCAUUCAUAGGCACAUUUAACACCAUUGUACCCUCAAAGCGUCAAGUAGAAGCGUGCCAAAGAUUAAUUAAACUAGGUGUUAAGUUAGGAAAAAUUGCGAAGGAUUAUAAAUUAUUAGCCCAUAGACAACUUAUGUCUACGCUGAGCCCCGGUGACACAGUGUUUAAUAUAAUCAAAACAUGGCCGCAUUUCGUUUCUAACUUCACGUCGGUGAAUGAAAUCUUCCCGAAGUAUUGAUUUAAUGUGCGUUUAAAUAAAUAAAAAUGUUUUUCAAUAUUUAAUUUUAAAUUCAAUUUAAUUUUAUAAUACAUAGAUAUUUUGUAUGCAUUUUAUUGUACAUAAAUUUAAAAUAUAUUUAGUAUUGAAUGCUCUGAAGCAAACAUGUCUUGUUCAAUGAAUCUUGAUGUUUUAAAUUAUGCAGUAGAAAUGUUGUAUCUAUAUUAAUGUAACUUUCUAUACAAUACUGAAGGUUCCAUAUAAUAUUUCAAAUAUACGUCAAAUGGAAUUGAGCGAUAGGCCAGACAUUGGGCUAACCCAAGAAAAUUAAUUAAAAAAUCUGUUAUGUAUAUUUUGAAUCGUUCUCAGCAAAGGAUUAGAAUAAAAUUUGCUCUAUGAUAGUGUUGAAAAAUGAUAACGAACCAAUGUGAGCAAUUGUACUCAUUAAGAAAAAAGUUAUACUCAUUAAAAAUUUGAUUUUUUAAUAUUUUUUUGGCUUUUAAUCGUUGCUUUGUUUAUAAUUAGUACUAAUCAAUAGGACAAGUCAAUUAGGGGCCGUGCAAGUAUGACGUACGCCCUAUAGGGGGCAGGGGGAGAAGUCUUUGAUUUUCUUAUUUGGUGAUUACGACGAAUGUAAUUUUCAUUUCAACACAUAUAACGUAUGUAUUGUCUAUACUUGAAAAUGAAGUCUUCUACGAGGAUUCCUGCGAAAAAUUAACACAUUUAUCUUUAAUUUUUUUGAGAUCUUUGGGAAAGGGAUAAGGGAAAAGGGGGUAAAUGUGCUUACGUAAUACUUGUAGCCUUUUUAUCCUUCAUACUAACAUUUGUCGAUUGGUUGGUUAUUGUAAUAAUUUUUCUUGUGUACUGGAAAUCAGGCAGGUAUAAUAUAUAAAGAUUUAUGUACAUAUGUAAAUUGAAUUAGUUAAAUCAAGCAAUAUUAUUGUUCGGUUUCGGGCAUGCACUCGAUUUUUUUGUGCACAAUUAAGACGUCUUCGUCUUAAGGCAGAAAAAGUGUUUAAGACCAAAAAUCUAGAUUUAUCAGGUGCGAUUUAUUUGUGUAUAAAUUAUUAAAAAAAACGUAUACCAUCUAUAGGGUUUUCAGUGACUGAAAUGAUUAAUGUCUAAUUUUGUUAUUUUAGUGAUAAAACACUGCCAAUAUUUCCAUGAAGCCAUAUGUAACGGUUUCUAUAUAUAAUAUGUGUUACCAAUAAUUUAAAAAAAUCUUUUGGUGCCACUCCACUUGAGGUUGGCCUGUCUUGUACUAUGCCAGAGCAACUCCUCCAAUGUCUAAACUUCCAAAGUCAUGAUUUUUGACUUCCAAACACGCCGUUCACACUUGGUUUUAUCCUUCACUAGCGACCCGCCCCGACUUCGCACGGGUGCA